UGCACUGUGUCCCUCGGACACAGCGGAUCACCGUUUCCGCGGAGGGGACAUGUACACUGAUCAUCAGGGCACUGAUGGUCAGUGUGCCCUGAUGAUCAGUGUAGUCCCAGCAUUGCCACCUGUCAGUGUCCAUCAGUGCCUUGUGUCAGUGGUCAUCAGUGCCUCGUGCCAGUGUCCAUCAGUGCCAUCAGUGCCACAUCAGUGCCACAUCAGUGCCUACCAGUGCACAUCAGUGCCACAUAUCAGUGCCUACCAGUGCACAUCAAUGCCACAUAUCAGUGCCUACCAGUACACAUCAAUGCAACAUUUCAGUGCCUACCAGUGCACAUCAAUG